CCAUGUAAAUCCAGAAAAGUUGCAGCAAGUGGCGCGCCAAAAUACCAAAAGGAUCAUCUCCUUUAACCAUCUUUUUCUCUCUCCUCCGCCAUUGUUGUCUUUCUUGAGUAACUCCAAGAAAUUCCAACACUUCCUUCCUCAUUAUCACUUCCAAAAUGCCCGACAAUAACCACUCUUCCUUCUCUUCACUCAACGAUAACCUCCUCGAAUUCGACCGUUUUGUCAACCCUAACCCUAAACCUAAUUCCGAUGAUUUAAACCCUAACAGUGACAAUAAUAAUCCAAUUGAACAUUCGAAUUUAAUUUCUCAAUCGUGUUCGAGCUUCAAUGUCAGCUAUUCUGAGCCCAGUACGUCCAGCAAUCUUCUCACUCUCACUAUCCCUCGAAAACGACGUCGUGGGAGGCCUCGGAGUACGCUUCCUUCUUACAAGCAGGUAUUUUCGAUUCCUCAAAUUUAUGGUAAUUCUGUUGGUGUUAGUAAUGGUAGCUCUGUUAAUGCCCAAUUUUCGAAACCCAAUUUGCAAUUGAACCCUAGUUCAGUAGAUUUGUCUGAGGAUAUUAUUGUGAUUAAUCGGGAAGCUACGGCCGAGGCGCUGACCGCGCUUACGGCCGGUUUUCCUGCUGAUUCUGUUACUGAUGAGGAAAUUGAUGCUGGUGUGUUGCCAGUAGUUGGGGGGAUUGAACAGGUUAAUUAUAUUUUGAUUAGGAAUCAUAUAAUUACGAAAUGGAGGGAGAAUGUGUCGAAUUGGGUUUCGAAGGAGAUGUUUCUUAAUGUUAUUCCGAAGCAUUGUCAUUGGCUUUUAGAUACUGCGUAUGAUUUCUUGGUGUCUCAUGGGUAUGUUAAUUUCGGGGUUGCACCGGCGAUUAAGGAAAGGUUUCCGAUUGAGCCUAGUAAGGGGAGUGUUAUUGUUAUUGGGGCGGGGUUGGCUGGAUUGGCAGCUGCCCGGCAGUUGAUGCGUUUUGGGUUUAAGGUGACUGUUUUGGAGGGAAGGAAGCGUGCUGGAGGUAGGGUUUAUACAAAGAAGAUGGAGGGAUCAAAUAAGGUUGCUGCUGCAGAUUUAGGGGGGAGUGUUUUGACAGGUACCCUUGGCAAUCCACUUGGGAUUUUGGCCCGGCAAUUGGCGUAUUCCCUUCAUAAGAUAAGGGAUAAGUGCCCUAUAUAUCGUGUUGAUGGAUCACCAGUUGACCCUAUUUUGGAUUCUAAGGUGGAGAAUGCUUUUAAUAAGCUUCUAGAUAAAGCAAGCCGCCUGCGGCAGUUGAUGGGGGAGGUUUCACAGGAUGUUUCUUUAGGGGCUGCAUUGGAUACCUUUAGUCAACUGUGUGGGGAAUCAGUUUCCGAUGAGGAGAAGAACUUGUUUAAUUGGCACUUUGCUAAUUUAGAAUAUGCAAAUGCUGGUUUGCUUUCGAAGCUUUCUCUAGCAUUUUGGGACCAAGAUGACCCUUAUGACAUGGGUGGGGAUCAUUGUUUUUUGUCUGGAGGAAAUGGAAGAUUGGUGCAUGCUUUGACAGAAAAUGUACCAAUCAUGUAUGAAAAAACAGUUACUUCGAUUCGCUAUGGUAGUGAUGGUGUUCAGGUCACUGCUGGAAACCAAGUUUUUGAAGGUGAAAUGGUUUUGUGCACCGUCCCAUUAGGGGUGUUGAAAUCUGGCUCCAUUAAGUUCGUACCUGAGCUACCUCAGAGGAAACUUGACGGAAUAAAGAGGUUGGGUUUUGGGUGUUUAAACAAAGUUGCCAUGCUCUUCCCCCAUGUCUUUUGGGGCACAGAUCUUGAUACAUUUGGUCAUCUAUCUGACGAUCCUCUUCACCGAGGAGAAUUUUUUCUUUUCUACAGCUAUGCAACUGUUGCUGGUGGACCUCUUUUAAUAGCUUUAGUUGCUGGAGAAGCUGCACACAAGUUUGAGUCAAUGCCUCCUACCGAUGCUGUGACGCAUGUUCUUCAAAUUCUUAGGGGAAUCUAUGAACCACAAGGAAUCACCGUCCCAAAACCUAUCCAAACAGUCUGUACUAGAUGGGGCAGUGACCCCUUCUGUCUGGGUUCUUAUUCUAAUGUAGCCGUAGGUGCAUCGGGAGAUGACUAUGAUAUACUAGCAGAAACUGUGGGAGAUGGUAGACUAUUUUUUGCCGGGGAGGCAACAACAAGAAGAUAUCCUGCAACCAUGCAUGGAGCCUUUCUCAGUGGUCUUCGAGAAGCUGCCAACAUGGCACAUUAUGCUAGUUCACGAUCUUUGAAAUUUAAAAUUGAGAGGUGUCCCUCCAAAAAUGCUCAUACAUGUGCUUCACUUCUUGCCGAUAUUUUUAGAGAACCUGAUCUAGAAUUCGGGAGCUUUUCUGUUAUUUUUGAGAAGGAUAAUGCUGACCCCAAGUCAAGUGUUAUUCUAAGGGUUACUUUCACUGAACCUCGAAAGAAGAGCCAAGAUAGUUCAAAAGCUGAUACGAUGCAUUCGAAAAAAUUGCUUUUCCAGCAGCUUCAAUCACAUUUCAAUGAUAAGCAACAAAUUCAUGUUUACACAUUGCUAACUAGACAACAAGCACUUGAGUUGAGAGAAGUCAGAGGUGGUGAUGAUAUGAGGUUGCAUUACUUCUCUGAAAAACUCGGGAUUAAGUUGGUGGGAAGAAAGGGUCUCGGUCCCACAGCUGAUGCUGUUAUUGCUUCCAUUAAAGCAGAAAGGGGCAGUCGCAAAACUGCUUCACCUUCUGUAGCUGUGAAAUCAGAGGAAAUGUUAAGACCCAAAGGAUCUGCUGAAAAGCGGAAAAUGAUCAGGAAAGCUAAAGUAAUUAGAAACAGUAGUGUUCCAGUGCCAUCUAAUUCUGGGGGAAAUUACAAUGGCCUCAUGCCACAUUCUAAAGGGGAAGGCAGCAAUGGCUUAAGCACCCCUCUCAAAGUAGCGUCUAGUGAAAGCUCCCCAAUGUCAUCUGAGGCAAUUGGUCGUGCUGAUGUGCAAAAUUCUUCUGAAGCUGUAGGUUGUGACAAUGGGUUGUUGCCUUCUAAUAAUGCAAUCAUGGAUGUUGAGACUAGUAUCACUGCUCCGCGUUGUUUGAAUGUGUCCUUUGACAAAAUUCCAGAAGACAAAAUUGGGUCUUCUGAAUUGUCGUGAUCAUGGUAUAAGGAGAACCAUCUGUUAAUUACUAAAUUGGUUGCUUCUGAUGCCUACUAGUUCCACAUGAAGGUUGACUUGUAGACGACGUAGUGCAAAUCUCUUUCACGAAGUUGGGUUGCUGCUUACUCUGGUAAAACCAAUCACCUGCAGAUUCUCAUAUUUUGUCGUUGCUUGUACAACUCUGUACCUUGGGUCAGUUUGCUGGUAGGGUUUGGAAGGGGUUUUGGUAAAUGUGGAUUGACAUGUGACUAUGUGACCCAGACCUCCUGCUUUGAAACCUGAAACAUCUACAAUCUUGUUAUUGAAGAGGUACGAAUGCUGCCUUCCAAUAUUGCAAUUUCAAGAAAAUGAGUGACAAUUGUAGUCAAUUCCCCUAAACCCCUUGAGAACUUAUCCAUCCUCGGCAAGGAAAGUGACAUACAUUUGGGAAGUGUAUAAUUCAUCAUUCAUCCUUAUUUGUGGCGUGACUUGCUCUAGAGUCUAGACUAUCUAAUUGAGCUAUAUUUGGAGCUUGAAUAUGUCGUAACUUCUUGAGAAUACUGAAGCUAGAUUCUGGAAGGAGAUGGCAACAACGGAGAUUCCCCGAGAGCAGCAUUUGUUACCACCCCUUCAGCAACUUUGGGAGGGCAAUUAUAGGAGUUUGCACUCUAAAAAGGGACCGUGUAAAAUUAAGUUUCUAUUUAGAUUCACCUCUAGAUAAUCAGCAGCAGCCCACGUAACAGUUUACUUGUGUCUCAUGGAAGUGAAAAAAGACGGCCAUUGUAUGUUGAUUCAUUGUAAGCUAUUGUUGUUGUAUAGUAUUUCGAAUUAAUGGUAAUAUUAUUGAAAAGAUUGUGGUAAACUUUUCUUCCUUUGUUAAGUAUUGAUUGAUUAUUGUACUUUUUGGAUUAUAACAUGGUUCUUUAUAUACAAACAACCCAAAAACAAUUAAGGACAAACUUGCUUAAUAAAUGCACCAAAUAAAUCAUUUUAAAAAAAAAAAAAAAUAAAAGACAUUUGAGAUAAUUUUUCAUCUCUACCAUUCUAAAAAGAGAAAAGAUGAUUUGGGCAAAAAGGAUAGUUGAACAGUAUAUCGUUUCCUAAAACUCCCUCCAUGUCCCAACAACCCUUG